AUGGCAACUAAAUCUACUAAGUUGACGGUUAGGCACUCAUUUUCUAUUAACUACAUAUCAACUCUGACGAAGGAACUGACACAGGAGCAAAGGUCUAUGAUUAGUGAGACUCCUUUUCGUUGGUUCGUAGAGGUCAGUGAAAAAGUUAAGUUAGCUAGGAAUAUUUUGAGUGAAUUAGUUGUGAGGUGGGAUGACUCUAAUGGUUGUUUUCUAAUCGNAGGCAAAGAAAUUCCAAUGACAGAGAAUGAUUUUUGUUUAGGUCUAGGGUUGGGUUCUGAAGGUAAGGACAUUAAACUGAAAGAAAAUUUNUUUAGAAGUUCAUGUGUUAAAUAUGUAGGGAUAGACACAAAAGAUUUAGACUUAGUUUACAAAUGUAUGAUGAGGAAACGUAAGAAGAAAAUUCCUUGUUCUGAUUUUUGUAGUCUUUAUAUUUUAGUUGGGAUAUCGGAGUUAUUAAUUCCCAAUCGCAGUGGAAGAGUGUUUCAAGUUUUGUAUGAAAUUGUUGAUAAUUUAAGUGAGUUGGGUAAUUAUUGUUGGGGUAGUAUAGUGUACCGUUACUUGGUAAGUAGUUUGUCCAAAGCUUCAGAAGGAUUGAAGAAAGGAAAAGGCANAAGCAAUGUUUACAUUGAUGGAUGCACUUACAUGCUACAGGUCUGGUUAUGUGAGAAAUUGAUACCUCCAAAGGGUGAAAUACAAAAAUCUCCUAGAAUUUUGCAUUGGAUGAAUGUACAUUUGGGAGAUAACAUUGUCAAAGAAGCUUUGGAGAGUGGUGUGGUUGUUGAUGAAUUUGAUGUUGGCGGAAGCAAAGAUUGCAAAGAUGACGAANCAACGUUGGAAAGUAAAGCUGAUAAAUCAGCAUCNGCAAANAAGUUACUGAAGCGAAGCCUCAAACAUAGUGUGAUGCAGACGUUGGUUCGUCAGCAAAAACUUGUCGCAGAGCUUAAAAUGAAGGUUGUUGAGUUGGACAAAGAGGUUGCGUUUGAAAAGUCUAGACGAAGAGGAGCGGAUGAAGGUGGACCGAGUGUGGCACGUGAAGAUCCUUGCUUCUCCCCGGGAGGCAUUUCCCCGGAAGGCAUUCCGUCUAGAGCCAUGUCCACUGAUGCACCUAUGACGACUGAUGCAGCUGUUUUUGUCAGGAAGGGUUCACGAACAAGGUUCAAGAGCAGAGCUCUUAGAACUCCAUUUACUGGAAGUUUAAGAACAAAACAUGUGUGA